AAAACAUAUAAAUUGUCACAUGAUAGUUCAAAAGUUCAAUUAAUCAUAAUAACAUCGAAAUGGAGUGCACAUACAAAUUGUUGAAAUUGUUGUUAUUCUGUUCACUAGUAAAGUCACAAAAAUUUAUUUCACCGGAGCAGAUUCAUUUGUCAUACGGCGUUGACCCAUCACAUAUGGUAGUGAUAUGGAGUACAAUGAAUGCAACACAGUCAACUGCAGCCUUGAUAGGGUCAGCAUUAAAAGGGCAACCACCAAGCACUGUAGUAAAUGGAACUAGCAGUAAGUUUGUGGACCCUGGUACCUUGCACCAUACACAGUAUAUUCACAGGGUGGAGUUUACUGGGCUUAAGCCAGGAGCACCAUAUAUAUAUAAAGUUGGUAGUACUGUUGAAAACGUAUGGAGUGAGACAUUUGUUUUUAAAACAAUGAGAGAUGGCAAUGACUGGUCGCCACAUGUUGCCUUAUAUGGAGAUUUUGGUUUCUCUAACCAUCAAUCUCUUCAGCGUCUGAUGAUUGACAAUGAUCAGGGCAUGUACGAUGCUGUGUUUCAUGUUGGUGAUUUGGCCUAUGACAUGGACAGUGACAAUGGUUAUGUUGGAGAUAAAUUCAUGAACAUGAUACAACCUUUAACAGCACGGUUACCAUACAUGACAUGCCCUGGCAACCAUGAAAACAAGUAUAAUUUCACACACUACAAGAGGCGUUUCUCAAUGCCAGGUGAUGAGGUUGGUGACAAGAUGUUUUACAGCUUUGACAUUGGUCCAGCUCAUGUUAUAUCGAUAUCAACAGAGUAUUACUUCUACUUACAAUAUGGGGUUGUACAGGCAUUGAGGCAAUACUAUUGGCUGGAGGAUGAUCUAAAGGAAGCUAAUAAACCAGAAAACCGGGCUAAGAGACCAUGGAUCAUUACAAUGGGUCAUCGUCCUAUGUACUGCUCAAAUAAGGAUGGUGAUGAUUGUACAAAACACCAUUCAUUGGUAAGAGAUGGUAUUCCACUUAUUGACAAGUUUGGGCUAGAGAAGAUGUUUUAUGAGAAUGGAGUGGAUUUGGCUGUGUGGGCGCAUGAACAUGCUUAUGAGAGACUCUGGCCUGUUUAUGAGGAUAAGGUAUACAAUGGCAGCUUGAAUCAACCUUACACAAAUCCAGGAGCUCCUGUUCACAUUACUACAGGAUCUGCAGGUUGCCAAGAAAAUCAUGAUCCUUUCAAAAAAGAUCCCUCCCCGUGGUCUGCAUUCCGUAGUGAUGACUAUGGUUAUACUAGGAUGAAGAUAUUCAACAGUACACAUCUCUAUCUGGAGCAGGUCUCUGAUGAUAAGAAUGGUACAGUAAUUGACAAGAUUAUGAUCAUCAAAGACAAACAUGGACCAUACCAUAUCAAGUAAAGACAUAGAGACACUAUGAGAAGAGUGAAUCAAAAAGAAGGGAAAAAUAAUUAUAAAAUAAUAAAAAAAAAAAAAAAAUAAAAAAAUCAAAACUGUUAAUACAAAGUGCAAUCAUUUGAUAAUUUUAUAUUUUUUCUAUUAAUGAAUGAAAGAAUUUUUGUGUGCCUCAAGGAAUUUAUAAAACAUUUUUGUUUUAGUUUUCUUUCAAAAUUGCCAUAUUCAUUUUAAUAUGUAGCCAAUAUCAGAAUCACAAAAUGAUAAUUUUCUGAAGAACUCCAAAAUAUCAACAAAAUUAAUGUAUUCAGAAUGUUUCUCUUCAAAAAGACAGAACAAUUUACUUAUUUUUGAAAAGAAAAAAACCUAUAUUGGUGUGAAAGAAAAAACUGUUUUUGAAUGACCAAGAAUUACUUGUAUGACAAGUUGUUCUGAGAACUUUAGUUUUUAUUAAAAGAAAGCUUUAAUUUUUUCAAGUGAUUUUUUUUUGUAACUUUUGUUUAUUUUUUCUUCUUUUUUUACCAAUAUGGAAUGUCAUAUUUUUCAACAAGUCCAGGGAGAGCAAGGUAACAAUACUGGGAUUUGUACCUCAAUUACUUUAAGAUUAUUGCAUAUAUGUGCAAAAGUGUAAGGGACCAACAUAUAUUGGAAAAAAUAAAGCUUUGGACAAGGUGAUUCUGUGUGACUUACAAAUGUAUGUGUAUAUGUUUUGUUGUAUGAAUUUUACUAGAAUAAAAUGUUUGUUUAAGAUGGUGCUCAUUUUUAUAUUGCUUGAAAUUAUGGUUUCCUGAUUGCUGAAAAUAAUCUUAUUAUUAUAUUAAAAUAAAAUAUUAUGUUUAAUAUGAUCUCAUGCAGAUAACAAAUAAUAUUUUAUAAUUUGAUACUUGUAUGUAAUAUUUGUUAUGAGUGGUAAAAGUGUACAUUUACUGUCAAGUUACUGUAUGUAAUGUGAUGAGUGAGUUGCUUUGAGAAAAUUAAUCUGACUGUUCAUAUUACUGUCAUGUUUAGGUGAAAAAACUUUCAAAACUUUGGAUACACAAUUGCUUAAAGGUAUAAAUUUUUCACAAAAUUGUGUAAACAUAAGGAGAUUUUAGUAAUUACGAUAAUUCAAGUGAAAGAUUUACUUGUAGCUAAACAUUGUCAAAUGUUGGAUUCUAGUGGUUACCUAUUAUAGUUUUCCAAAUUUUACCUUUUUUUAAAAAUUUCGUUUUGUAAGUUUGUUAUUUGUUAAAUAUUUAGAGAUAUUUUUUUUGAGAGUUUUUUUUGUUAAUGAAUAUUUAUUGCUGAUUUGUUAAUUUUACUUCACAUCCUCCAUUUUAAAUUUAUAAUCUCUAAAAGUGUUAAUGAAAGGAUAUGGAGUCAAAAUUAAAACAGUAGUACAAAUCUCAAGGUGGAAAGUUUACACUAAAAAUAUUUGCAUGACGUUGACUUUGUUUUAAAAAUUCUUCAGUUGAAGACUAAUUUUAAUAUUUAGUUAAUGAAAACGGUACUUCAUUGCAUAUAUUUAUAACUUAUUAUUAACAGUAAACUUCUCUCCACCUUUAUUAUUUGUAUGUUUACAUUUAAUAUGAGUGUUUUAUUGUCAGUGAAAACUGAAAUCAAGAUGCAAUAUUCAUUCUCUUUUUAAGUUUGAGGUGAUAGUUACUUGAUGUGAUAAUUAUUUAUGAAAAUUAUUGUUAAACAUUCAUUUGUAGUAUAAAAGUAAAUUACUCAAUAGGUUUUUAAAUGUAUGUAUAAAAAAACAUAUGAUUAUAUACAUGUAUUUAUGCUUGUUAAAAUAAGUACAAAUCAAUAAAUUCUGUAAAACAAG